AUGCCGUUUGGGAUCAAACCUGCAGUGGAAGAAUAUCAACAAGUUGUGCUAACAGGACUUGCAGGGAUCGCUCUCAUUGCUGAAGACAUUCUGGAGUACAGACAUGGAGACAGCAUGGUGGAAGCUGUGGCAGACCAUGGCCAUAACCUCCCCUGCCUGCUAGAAAGGGGCCAGGGAAUUCUUGCCAUGGUGGCCAAGCUCACGAUGUCGAAGUUCCAGUCUUCAGCUGCCGCCCUUGCGGAGUGGGAGCGCUGGCACCGAAGUGCUCAGUGGCUCGGGAAAGCAGGGCGGAUUGCGAAAGGGGCCUGGAACAGCGGCUGGAAGAAGCGCCUCGCCCCACCUUGCCCCAUCCCUGGAGCAAAGGGAAGCCAGCCACUGCAGCACCUGGGCCCUUGGGAGGCAUCAAACCAGUCGGGCCAGUUUCGGAGGCACUCCAGCUGCAGGGACAAUCAGCUGAAGAGGAGGGAGCGCCAGAGCCAGGGAUGCCUCUCCGUGCGCCCCGCGUUGUGUGUGGGAGCUGGGAGCAUUGAGGGGGUCUGGGCACCUCCAAGGAGACCGCCCGGCUCAGCGGCUUCCAGGCACAGCCCCUGCGGGAGGAAAUUCUCUUCCCCGAGGGCUGGGGCUCUUUGGGGCUCCAUUGCAGUCCAGGCGGUAGAGCCCCCCAGGGCUGUUUCUGAACCAAUGCAGGCCCCUCAGCCCAGAGGCGUCGGGGGCUCAGCCUCAGCUCUGCCUCUGCACGUGUCUCUGGCCUUAGCCUGGGUUCUCCUGGGUCCAGUUCGCUCCCAGCAAUGUCCGCCUGGAAACCCUCUCCUCGUCCACCAGUUCAUGGAGCUAGGCGCUGACCCCCGGGUCCCCGCCCAGCACCGGGUCCCGAGCUCGCUGGACCCGCUCUACGGUGUCGUCCGGCGCUACCUGGAUGUGGUCCAGCAGAACCCCUUCCCCACAGAGCUGCUCCGGGUGGCCCUGAACGAGCCGUCGUCAGUCAGAACCUCUCAGGUGGUCCGCUACCAGGCUGGCUACGUCGUCUGCGCCACGAUCGCUGCGCUCUUCUUCGUGGCGGUGCCGGCAACUGGUCUGUACUUCUGCUGCUGCCGGCGCCGCCGGCGCUGUGGGGGGCGCAUCAAGGCCGACCGCCGCUCCCUCGCCUGCCGGCGCAGCCUCCUCACGCUUUGCCUCUCCCUCACCACCAUCGUCCUCCUGGCAGGCGUUAUCUGUGCUUUCAUUGCCAACCAGCGAGUGACGGAGCAGAUGGAUCCUGGGGCCCGAGCCGUGCCAGCCACUCUACACACUUUGAGGAAGAAUAUUGGCAGCAUCCCACAGGGGGUGCAGUCUGUCGUGGACCAGUUUGCGGUGCCCAGACAGCAAAUAAUUGGCGACCUGAACAAUGUCAGCCGCAGCAUUGGCCUCACCAUCCAUUCGCUGCUGAAGGAGCAGGUGUAUUCAGUGCUGGAGGCCAUUCAGGGCAGAGCACAAGACCUACAGAACUCGCUGCACCAUUUACAGAUUCUCAACAAGACCGUGCGGACUCUGACCCAUUUCCAGAACGAGCUGGGCCUGGCGCUGAGAGAUCGCAAGGAGAGCGCAGUCUCCCUGCUGGACAGUCCGCGCUGCACGUCCUGUGCCCGGGCACUGGGCAAAGCCCAGAGCUUGGAGCCAGGAGCUGACUACAGAAGGGUUCCUUCUGUGGAACAGGUUUUGAAGACACUGUCUGGUCUCCCAAAAGCUAACUUCCCAGACCUGAUUGACAAGGGCAAUAGCACGUUCAACUCGAUGCCAGACCUAGGCGUUGUGAAGAUGGCCCAGGUUGUGCAGGAGCUAAAGGACGAAGUGAACAAGGUCAGUGAGAAGGUCCAGUCUAUUGCAGACAGCUUCCCAGUCUCUGAUUACACUCAGCCCUUGAAUGAUGCCCUGAUGCAGGCGGAGAACAAGAGCCGCCCUUAUCUCCAGGAGGUGAAACGCUAUGAGAAAUACAGGUGGACUGUGGGCAUCGUGCUGUGCUCUGUGGUCCUGCUGGUUGUAGCCUGUAACCUCCUGGGGCUGUCCCUUGGGGCCUGUGGGCUCACCAUGCGGGAGGAUCCGAGCGACUACGAAAGCAGGGGAGAAGCUGGGGCCAAACUCCUUUUGAUGGGUGUUGGCUUUAGCUUCCUCAUCUCCUGGCUUCUGAUUCUCUUGGUCUUCGCCACGUUUCUGGUUGGGGGCAAUGUCCAAACGCUGCUGUGUAAGAACUGGGCCAAUCAGGAGAUUUACAAGUUUAUCGACACUCCUGGGAACCUGCCUCCAUCCAUGAACCUCACCCAGCUAUUCAGCCUGAAGAGGAACCUUAACCUAACCUCUGCUUACCAGUUGUGUAAGAAGGGCACAGGCCUCUGGGACGUUCUGCAGCUCAGAGACGCCUACAAUCUUGAGGAUCACCUCCACUUCAGCCAGUACACUAGAGACUUCCAGAAGCGUCUCAACAACUUCAACCUCCAAUUUGAAGAAAUCCACUUCCUCGACGGGGCUGGGAGACGGGACCUGGAAACCUUCCAGCAAAGCGGGAUCGACCAGCUGGACUACCCCAUGUUCCAGGCCGAGAUGCAGAACCCUGUGGUGAGGACGAGCCUGGAAGACCUAGCCAGGGACCUCGAGGGCCUCCAAAAAAUUCAGAAAAACAUCACAAUAGCAGGACGGCUGGCCAACGAGUCCCAGGCCCUGUGGAAAAUCCAGAACGCCACCGUGCUCACCCAGGAGGCCCUUGUGGUGAAGCUGAAUGAGAGCGUGCAGUUCUUGUCCGCCAUGGCACCCCAUCUCCAGCCCCUCUUGAAACGGACGAUGGCCGAGAUCACCCUGGUCGAGACCAUGCUCCCGGGGCAGGUGCAGCGGCUCCUGAGACACGAGAUCAGCUGCUUCACAAGGAAAGAACUGGGCUAUUUCUCGCAGUACCUGAAUUGGGUGAGACGCACGCUGACUGAGGACGUGGCUUCCUGCCAGCCCCUCGCCACGGCGCUGGAUAACGGCCGGGUGAUCCUGUGCGACCGCAUCACUGAGCCCUGGAAUGCCUUCUGGUUCACCCUGGGCUGCUGCACCUUAUUCCUCAUCCCCAGCAUCAUCUUCGCCAUCAAACUUACCAAGCACUUCCGCCCCAUCAGGAACCGGCUAAUCUCUACUGCCUCAGAGGAGACCUAUCCUUUCCACAUCCCCCGCGUUACAGCUCUCAAGCUAUAGGAAGGGGUCUCCGGCAUCUCCAGG